ACAGAACAGACAGCGGGAGGAGGGUAAGAAAACCAGGAGAGAUGAAUACGGAGGAAGUACAGCUCGCUCCUUCGCUCCGUGGAGUUACGCCUGGUUUACGGAAGGUGGAUAAUUACUCCUUUGGGACACGUCAACAGAGGAGACUCUUUCCUCACUACCACCCUCCAACCUGGUUGGGGAACAAGUUUCUCCCUCUUAUGGGAUCGCCCCAAACAGGCCCUGGGUGUUACGAAGCAAUAGACUGGAAUAGUUUGGCACACAACCUAUCUCGGACCCCGACCAGUACAAAAGGUUAUGCUAUUGGAGCCAGGACAGCUAUGAGGUUUAAGCCAGUCAGCAAGGAUGUGACACCAUAUCCAGGAAUGUAUCAGAAAGUUAGUACUUGGAAUGAAAGCUACAAACAAUGCUUUGCACCAUUUAAUGCCUUGGUGCCUCGAUUUAGGACUGAAGUUAAGGGCACUUCCUAUCCUGGCCCCGGCACAUACAAUCCAGAAAGGAAGUCACCCCCAAAGGUUGUUUGGCCAAUGAAAUUUGGAUCUCCAGACUGGUCUCAGGUUCCAUGUCUAGAGAAAAGAACUCUAAAAGCUGAGCUGUCCACAGACAAGGACUUUAGAAAGCAUCGGAACCGUGUGGCCUACUUUAGCCUGUAUUACAACUGAGAAGUAGGCACUGUCUUGAUAUGUUCUCCUGAUCACAGACUCUCCAGAACUGAGGACAGAACCGCUCUUGUACUUCUGGUUUCCUGGGCCCUCUGGUCUGCCAAUUCAGCAUCGGGGGAGGGGCAAGGGUCUCACAGUCACCCUACAAAAACAUAAAGACUGAUCCACAAUGUU